AUGGUGAUCAUCUCUUUGGGCGAGGACCUCCCGAAGGAGGUCCAAAGGCCGACCAGCCAAGCCAAGGCUCCAGUGGUGCAGCCGGAGGAGCCAAAAAGAGUCUCGAAGGCCUCGCAAGGCCCCAAGGCCGCUGAGAAAGCUGCCGAAAGCGAGCCGCGGCCCGGCAAAGCAGACAGCAAGGCCGAGACGCAGAGCGCCUCCAAAAGAGCGGGCUCCGUCAAGAAGGCGAAGGCCAAGGAGCCAACAGAAGCAAAGGAGACGCCUUCCUCGAAGCAGGAGCCCAAGCCCGGUUCAAAGGGAAGCCAAGGCUCCAAGAAGAAGGCGGACAAGGAAAACAAGGAAGUUCUGCAGCUGGGAAAACUUGAUGGCUUGCAGCUGGAGGUGCGCCAAACACGUGGCGAACCUGUCGACAGUACCAAGCAGAUGCGUGCUGCUCUCUUCGAGCUCACUACAGCCUUUCAAGCUGGAAACAAAGCAGCUGCCUUCCAGGCCAUGGGGCAGCUGGCGCAGAAUCCGCAAGGUAUACAGAGUUUGCAGACACUGCCUGGCAUCGAUGCUGCCACGGCCCGAUACCUCGAGCAGGCUCUAGGUGUGAUGCAGUCUGCGGCGCCUGGGUCGCUGCAGUCGGGGUUGGACGCCCUGCCAGCCAUGAUGGACUACGAUGCUCCCAUUUCCGCCAUCAACUUCCCAGACGAAGCCGAGAGGAAGAUCGUGGCUGACGACUGGAAGCACAUUUCUGCGAGGUCGAAGGCCUUGAAGAAGCCGGCGCAGAAGAAAGCCCCGAGCGCUGCUCCCGCGACGGCUCCGGGGAAGCCCGGAGCCGCUUCCAAGGGCAAGUCCUUCAGCUUCUUUGGCUCCAAGGGCGCAAAGGAGUCGAAGGCUGCCCCCUCGGAGAAGACCGAGGAGGAGGAGUCUGAAAGAGUGAUGGGUGCCAUGGAUUUUAAUGAGCUCGUUACCAUGAAUGCUGGCAUCAUCAGUGCCAACAUGUCUUUCAUUCAAGUCCUGCUGCAGCUGUUCGAGCAGCUGCUGGCUCCAGCUGUCAACGCCGACGAAGGAGGCUUGGACUGCGCCUGUGACGUGGCUGCGCUGCGCCUUUUCCGAGAAGUUCCAGGACAGGUCCUUGUGAAGGAUUUCCAGACAUGCUUGCUCGCCUCAGCCCGGGCGCUCCUACCGGAUGGCUGGGACUCCAUGCACGAGAGUGCCUGGAUAGCUGUCUGGACGUGCAUCGCUGAUCGCCUUGAGCAAUCCCUUCCACUGCCAUCGAAGUAUCAGAAGCCAGUUCAGAACUUUGUUGCAGGGCUGAGCACGGAUCAACGGCAGAAGCUGGGAAAGCGCAGCUUCGAGCGGCUUUUCCGUGAGCACGAGCAGGUCUCCAACCACUUCAACCAAUCCUGGAUGAGAUUGGCUUUCAUCAUCAGCAAGACGCUCGACAUGGCCGUGCGGCUUUUCCACGAGCCGGCGCAGAUGUUCGAUGAGCUGACGCAGUUGGGGCUGAAGCACAUCAUGUUUCAGGCUGACUCCCAGUUCUUCCAGCCCUGGGUCGCGGCACUGGUGGCAGAAAUCCAGCUGAUAUGCCAGGAUGAGAAAGUCGUUGAUGCUAUGAACUUUGCACUCUGCGUGAUUGGUAGCAUCAUCGGACAAGCACUGGAAGCUGGUGCCACGCCCAUACUGAAGGCCAUUGUCACGGACGAUGUCAAGGCCUUGAAGAAGGCAUUGGCUGCGACACCGAGGGGCCAGCGGGCUGAAGCCGUCCUGGGUCGUGGCUACACGUAG